UUCAUGAUUCAUUUUUUAUUAUUUAGCAUUCCAAUAUUUUUUAGUCGUUUCUUGUUGUGAUUGUGAUAGUGAAGAAUUUGGAACGCAAUCUAAAAUUAUAGUGUUGUUUAAAACAAAUUUAUAUUUAAAGUAAGACGUUGUGACCCAGCAAUAUGUGGGAUCCAACGCACGUUCAAGUAACUGUACAACGAGCUCGCAAUUUACUUAUCAAAGGAAAAAACGGUACUAAUAACUGUUUUGUUACAAUUUCACUCGGCAAAGAAAAAUUUCAAACUUCUGUGAAACACAAAUCUACGGAAAAUGUUGAGUGGAUUGAGGAAUGUGAAUUGCAUAUACCCUCGCAAGGAAAUACGGCAGAGAUUGUUUUGAAAGUCUUUACUGAAGAUUACCUCAAAGACCACUUACUGGGUCAAAUUUCGAUUCCGUUAAAAGACCUAGAUGUGAAUGAACGUGCUAGGAAUCGGUGGUACCCGCUACGCGGUAAACCCGGCAAGGAAACUGAUAAAAAUAGGGGUGAACUGGAAGUGAAAAUAGCAUUUUUAGUAAAAGAAGGCAGUUUGUCAGAUCUUUCAAAAAAAGAUAAACAUAAAUCUUCGCUGGGUAGUUUGGCUCACAAUGUUGGAGGCAGUCUUAUGAGUAUUGGAAGUAUUGAAAAACGUAAAAGCCUUCACAAGUUUGCUACAAAACUUGGAUCUAAAAUGAAUUUGACUAAAAAAGAUAAAAAGAGUGAAUCAUCAUCACUUGGUGGAAGUAUUGGUAACCUUAGAAAGUCCUCCAUUUCUCCUCCAGAUACAUCUACUCCUAAGAAAGUAGUAAGUGAAGCUGAUCCAGGUGUAAUAAGUGAAGAUGAAGAUGAAUUUGCCUUUGAUGAUUUAUCUCAUAAAAGCUCAGGUAGUUCACUGAAUGUACAAACAUCAUACAUGCCCCGGAUAGCAAAGUAUUCGCCAUCUCCUGUAAACGCUUCCUUAGAAAAUUUAGGAGGAGGUGAGUUUUUGAGAAGAUCAACUAGUAGCAAUUUAGUUGUAACAGAAAAGACAGCACCCUCAAAACCAGUUCGUUUAAGUCUUGAUACAUUUAAUUCUCCCCAGCUUCCUAUACAGCACAUAGGUGAUGAUGAAUGGUCACAGAAACUAGUGCCCAGAAAGUCGAUGAGUCAAUUAGCUAUAGAUAGAGAAAAGUCUUCCAGUCUUGAAAGAAACAAAAAAUUAGACAGUCCAAGUUCACUCAAAGAAAAACCAAGCCCAAAGUUCUUUAAAAAAUUUGGUAACAAUAACAAGCCAAAAAAAUUACUUGAAGAACGUAUCAUUGUUGGAGAAGAAAAUAUUGUGGAAGAAGAUUCAACUAAUCCAGCAUAUAACAACAUUCCAAGGACAGUGCUACAACAAUGUGAUGGAAUGUCACGUGAAGACUUAAUUUUAAUGAUUUACAAUCUUCAAAAGGAUGUAGAAUCUGAGAAGAAAAAGAAUAAGGACCUUGAGAACUAUUUGGAUGAUUUACUUCUUCGAGUUAUGGAAACUACACCUAGAAUUUUGCAAAAUCCAUAUGUCAGAAAUAAGAGCAUGCAUAUAAGAAAUAAAUAAUAAAUUUUCUUCAGAUUAGUCAAGGAGAUACUAGAAGACUUUGAAAUACUACACCCUUGAAACAUUCUUUGUAUUGUGCAACAUUUAAAAUUUGUAUGAGAUGUUUAAGGUAUGAGUUUCCAAUUUGUGAAAGUACUUCCUAGAUAUCCAUAUAUUAUCAUCUCAUGUUUAUAAUUGCGUCCAAAUCUGUGCCUUACCAUUCAUAGGGUCUGUGAUACUGGUAAAUUAUUUGAGAUAUGAUUUUCAUCUGAUUGUUGCAUGCACUAGGUGUUGGAUUUCAUUUAAUUAAAACAACAAAUACUAUUGCUACAUUAAUAGAUGUAUUGAAUGUUUAAAGUAAGUAUUUGCUUCUGCUUGUUAUAAAAUUUGUUUUAACUCUAAUAUGUGCCAAAACAACAUAAAUAAUUUUAAACAAUGGGCAUAUCAGAGAUAAUUGCAAAUUUUGUUAGAUAAGAAUCAUCAAGAUUUCCUUCAAAAAUAAACCAAUUAGAUGAUAAUCAUUAAAAAUUAUGAAAACUCAAUGCUAAAAUUCCUGAUAAUGAUAAAAAGUGCAAAUAUGUAUAAAAUUCGAAAUUAUUAGUCAAAAGCUAGGAAAAGUAGAUGCUACUAUAUUUUGUUAGAGAAAACUUUCAGUAUUGUUAAAUAUAUUUAAAUUGAUAAACAAUAGUAAUCAAAAUCGUGUGCCUUAGCUGUAUUUCAUCAUAUAAUGAAAUUCAUUUAUAUACUAUUCAUACUACAUAUAUAAUAUUCAUUUUAAUAUUACUGAUAUUUAUUAAUUUAUGUUAAUCAAUUAGAUUUAAUUUAAUCAAUAAGUGCAAAUAUACUUGGGUACAUUCCCUAGUGCAAUAGGUAAUUUUAAGAUCUUAACAUAAAUCACUUAUAAAACGCAAAUAAAAAGUUUAUGUUAGUUAUAUUAUUAAAAUAUUAAGGCCUUUUUACAAAUUACGAAAGUGGCAAUUCUGAUGUGAUGUUGUUGAUGUUUUACACAUUGGUUGAGUUUUAAGAAUAGUUCUUCAGUAAAAAUAAGCAAUUACAUAUACUAUACUAACAUUGCAUGUAUAAUAAUUAAUAAUUGAUGUAAGACUACUUUCUCUUAUAUUUAUAUAAUUUUUCCUAAAAUUAUUAAGAGAAAGAAAUGUUUGCAUAUUUUAAAGCAUGAAUAAUAAAUAUUAAUAUA